AAACAAAGAAUUAGGGUUUUAGAAUCACCGAUACGACGAGAAAGUACGAAAAAGCACGUCGGAGGAGGUGGACGACGACCAACGGCAGAGACACGGAGCGAGAUACAAGAAGAAUAAGAAGACUGCAACAAUGUUUCCGGGAAUGUUCAUGCGAAAACCCGACAAAGCAGUUGCUCUGAAGCAGCUUCGGACCCAUGUUGCCUUGUUCGCCGGUUGGGUCGUUGUCGUCCGUGCUGCUCCAUACGUCCUCGCCUACCUUUCCGAUUCCAAGGAAGAGCUCAAGAUCGAGCUCUGAGACUCGAUUCUAUAAUUUUCAGUGGUGAAGCGGAGAAAUUAAAUCCAGUGCUGGCUUUUGAAGAUCCUCUGUAUUCUUUUUUGCAAUGUCGUAGUGCCUGAAUAGUCACUUUGAGACAAGGUGAUGCAUUUGCAUUUGUUUCUGAACUAAGAGUUUAUAAAUAUUGCUGUCUUGCAGCCACAUAAUCAAUUUGGAAUGUGAUUUUGAUGUGUUGAAAUAAUAUGAUGAGAGCUUUCUGAUA